AUGCGCACUGGCAAAGCCCUCGACAACUCUGCCGCAUCGCGCGCCUCCAUUAUAAUGAAAGUCGGCGCCUGCGUCGGUGGAACCAUCCUGGGAUACCUCUCCCAAUUCGUCGGCCGCCGCCGCACCAUCAUCGCAUCGGCCCUCAUUUCCAUGGUCUUAAUUCCCACCUGGAUCCUGCCGAAUAGGGAAGGCUCACUUUCCGCCUCCGGAUUCUUCAUGCAAUUCUUCGUCCAAGGCGCUUGGGGCGUCAUUCCAAUCCACCUCAACGAGCUGUCCCCGCCCGCAUUCCGCAGUAGUUUCCCGGGACUUACGUACCAGCUGGGUAACACGAUCAGUAGCCCCAGCGCACAGAUCGUGAAUGCGCUGUCGGAGAAGAUGAACAUCACUGGCAUAAAGGGGGGGCAGGUGCCGGCCUACGGACCUGUGAUGGGCGUUGCGACGACGAUUAUUGCGAUGGGGAUUGUGCUUUCGUUUCGCCGUAAUAGUCGGCCAAUUUCACUGUCUGGAUGGAAAGGGCAUGGAAAUGGAAGGCGUCAGCCAUCCAUGAAAACAGGCCAACUAGGAACAUUGCCUAGCCACGCAUUCCAAGGGAUCCAAAGAGCGUGA